CGCUCUUGGUGGGUACGGGCGACAGAUAAAGACCAUCAUCAUCGCAACAAUGUACCGGUGUCAAUGUCAAUGCAUGCAAGCAGUUUAAAAUACUAUCAUUUUUCUUCUGCUGCGGAAGAGCGAAUCAAAAGUAGAUUACGUCCCGCACUCUACACGCACUAAAUCGAGGGCACACAAGAAAGUGAGGAUGCCCUGAAUACAGUCGGCGUUCAUUAGAUGUCUUUCUACAAACAGCUGCGAUUCCUUGGCUCCUGCAUAAGUAUACCUUGCCAUUUCCGCAACAAAGAAACGAAAACGAAGUUACCCGAGCAACUACGAACGUGGCCAGUGCGAGCAAUUUCGUACACUGAUCCCCGCCACAGAAUGUCCUCGCCCUUGACUGCAGCGGCGAGGACAAUAAUUUCACCUACACAGCCACCUUUUGUAAACACAUCCGUACACUCGCACCGCAUCACCACAGCCUGCGGCAGCAAAUCAAGUCAAAACACACUACCAGACGCCGGGACAUUCGUUUUUGCAUAUGUAGUGCAUGCUUUAUUUACUAAUAAUAACACUAAUAUGAUAAAAUACUAAUAUUUUAAUACUAAUUAUUUACUAAUAAUAACAAAAGCAGGAACACUGAUAAAAGCACAGAAAGAAAUUACAAGUGUCGUGACCUCAAAAAAAGAAAAGAAAAGAAAAAGGCCCCAUGGUAUCCAAUCCCUUCAUAAUAAAGAAGGUUACUGUUAUGUUCCACUCAAAAUGGCAGAGUGGCAUUUGGCGACGUUUAUAUGAAUGAGCGGUCACCUGCGAUUCGCUUGCGCUGGGAGGCACUUGUGUUCGGAGUUUUCGUCACGUUAUGGUUUGCGCGCCAGUCCGCUAUGAAGGGGCCAAGCAAUACGCCCAAGCAACCAUCAUCAUCACCUCAAUCACCAGUAAAGUUGCUGGCUGUGGCUUGACUAAGGGCAGGCCAGUCCGAGAGAGCAUUGGUAAAACGCUUGGCAGCAAUACACAGGCAGGGACCAUCAUGCGAUGAUGAGGGCGCGAUUUGCUCCCAAUGUGAUCGACAACGAGGAUGACGAUUCAGACUCAGGCUUCUCGACGAGUCCAUUGCAACCGCAGCCAGGGUCUGCCGUCAACGGUAAAGUGCUCCUUCUGGCGGUCGUACUGUCAGUAGUCGUGAGCACCGUCACUACGCUGACAUUCGCCCUCACCCACCGCUCCAGAGGCACCGCUACAGGGGCAGCAAACGCUUCUGCCGAAACGACGCGCAUGGUAGCGCAGCAGAUGUGCCCCGCACAGCCCAUGUGCCCCGGCACCCUCAACCCAUGUGCUCCCGGCCAGGCUUGCCCAACGGCUCCUGGCGUAAAUCCGUCGGGGCCGGUGGCACCACCCUAUGGACUGGCGGCCAUGUUCCAAACCGGUGACGACCCUCCUUUGGACAGCGUACCCUACGGUCAGUAUCUACAAGAUCAACAGGUUCCGCCGCCUCAGCCGGCGCCACAGCCUCAGCCGGCGCCACAGCCUCAGCCGCCACCACAGCCGAAUCCAGCGUAUCCGCAGCAACAGCCGAAUCCGGCACAAGAACCGAAUCCGCAAUAUCCGGGGCAACAGCCGAAUCCGGCGAAUCCGGGGCAACAGUGGCAGCCUUGUCCUGCCAGCGGGCUCUGCCCGGUCUUCAACGCGCCAUGCACUGCGGGGACGCUAAUGUGCCCGAGCCCAACGACGUGUCCUGCGACGCCGUACUGCCCCAACACCAUUACCGCAUGCACGCCGAACACGCCGUGCGCGGCGGCUGCGGCAGCAGCACCGCACGGUGGUCCGCCGCCGCAACCCGGCUAUCCGCCGCAGAAUCCUGCUCCUCCGCCGCACCAGAAGCGUCGGCGGAGCGGGCGGAAGGAACAUAAGCUGAGGCACCAGAAACACCUGCGAAACCAGCACGGCGAGCGGCUGCGGAAACCCGAGACAACGCAGCCUUCCGAGGACGGGGACUUAGAAGUGUCGCGUAGCGCAGGCUUAGGGAUGCACCACGAUGAGGCCAGCAAGCAGGAGAGCCCCAGCACACAGCCUAUCGUCGCGGGCCGGCGUUGCCACGAGGGCGACCAGUGCGACGACGGCCGGUCCUGUCCCUCGCGCGGAAGGUGCACCGGGGAUGGCCGCGAAUGCGACGCCGACCACGCCUGCAGAGGCGGCGAUGAGGACGGCGGCGAGUGCGAGCGCCGCUGCCCCGUUAAAGGUCCCAAGGAGGCGCGCCGACAUCACAAGGGCCACGCCCCGACGACUACUUCCUCUGGUCUCCCAGAGGUCUCUCACCACAAGUCAAAAACACAGCAUGAAGCAGGAAAAACAACCCCAACGGCAGAGGCAAGCGCACAGCAGAAGACCUCAGAAAGAAACAAAAGUCAUUAGUCAUUUGUUGACCUCAUGGAAAAGACAAACGCAGGCUGUGCAAAAGCUGAACUUGGUGCUUUCCACCUUUCCUGUCUCCAGUUUUCCUCAUACACAUACAGCCUGAAGUGCAGCUGUACGCCAGAACUCAGGCCAUGCCUCGCUGCAAGCUGCACUGGAGGCUCUGUCAUCAAUGCCGACACUCAUUCUAAUUUUCAUCAUCACACACAAACACUUUCGUCAUCCAUCUUAAUUUAUCAUGGCACCAAAUAAAGCUCAGCAUCAAGGGCCCAUUCCACAUCCUACAUUGUGAGGUGCGCUCUGGGUGCAGCUAGUGUAGAAGGCAA